AUGACCUCACCUCGCAGCCCUGAUCCUCAUUUACCGGCAUCGGACCAGCAACUGGGUGGCAAUAUACGACCCUCCGCUCUAUCUGACAGACCAAAUGAUAGCGGUGCUCGUCAGGAAGACUUUAAAUCUCUAGAAUCCCACCAGCUCCCUUUUCGUCCCUUCUUUACGCUAGUCCAGGACGUUCACUCGUCGGAAUAUUACCAUCCCACUGUCCACUACAUAUUUUCUGACGAUGACACCGACCUAAUAACAGAGGCUGCUCUACGGGCUUUGGAAUCCAGCCAGGGAAACAACUCUCCACGAGCCUCGAGCAAUGCACUUCUCCGGCGAAGGAAUGGAGAAGACGAUGAUGAAGAUGAAGACCUAGAGGCCGACAAUACGAAGGCGUCCUCCCUACCUCGCCCAAUUCUGGGGGUACAGGAACACUACAUCGUCCUUGAUGUGCAACGCUCCCACUCCGAGCGUAACGCUCUUCCUACCCAAGAAGUCACAGCUACAAAUACUGAAGACACAACAAAUUUUGCACCAACCACUUUUGCGGAAGAACCAAAACUAAAUCCGGCAACACCCCAACCCAUCAAUAAUGCGUUACAACACCUCUAUCCAUUCGAUAUAACCUCUGCACACAGCCUAAGUUCGUCCUGGCAAGUCCUUAACAUACGCCUUUGCCCAGCGCCCACCUUCGAUUCCUCCUCAAAUAGCCCUACCUCCACCAAGGGCACCGCUAUUGUCACCUCCACCACAACAACAACACCAACACCAACAACAUCUGCGAACAACUCCUCUUCGUCGAUGGGUGGCUUGAUGCUGGAGAUUGAAGGCACAUCGGGCAUAACCUUUAACAUGUCGAGUAGUCGAUCUCCACGGACCCAGCAGAGUUUGGAAGAGAUGAUAGAGCAGUUUGAGAAACGGAUGGAUGAGUUGAGGUUGAUUACCGAGGCCGGAGCCGUGAAGGGCGGAAAGGCUGCUGAGGCUACAGCUGAGGAAGUGGAAGCAGGGUAG